UUUUCUGACAUUCAAGACAUUUCUCGGAGUGAAUUAUUAUACAAGUAAAUUUAAAUUACUUUGUUUUUUGGGAGAUAUUUAAAGCUUGUUUUCAAAAGUAAUGGCGAAAGAAUUGACCGUGACAAGAUAUGACCCAAACACGGAGGCAUUUCAAAUGCGCGCGCAAUGGAAGAAGGUGGAAAACUGUAAGAUGCAAUGGGCCGAGCGAUGGAGCUGGUUGCUGGAUGAAAGAAAAAUAGCGCAAAGGGAGGCGGAUGCGGUUCGUCAGGAGACGGCGGCUGUUUUGCCACAUGUCAUGGGAAAAUCGGAAUCACAGAAAUCAUUGAAACCGGUGCCCAUAACAUCAACAGGCAUUAUCGGAUGGCUCGCCGCCAAGCCAGAUUGCCAGCUAGAGAUCUAUACAUCUUGGAUUACGAAGAUUCCACCACGGCUUCCGAAUGCAUGGGACAACAAGAACUAUGUGUGAGAGGGGCUUUGACCUGUUUCUUGCUAUCAGAUAUUGACACCUUGCUAAUUAAACGUUUUAAUCUCG